ACACAUGCUUCUCCCAUCAUCACCACCACCAUCAACGCUGCUUCAACCUUCUUUUUCUUCCUCAACUUUCCUCUGCCACUCCCUGUCUUCUUCUUCUUCUUCUUCUUCAUUCUGAUCUUGAUUCUGAGAAUUUACAGGCAUCAAGCAUGAUCACGUUAUUAGACUUCUACCAUGUUAUGACUGCGAUGGUGCCACUGUACGUGGCUAUGGUUGCAGCAUAUGGCUCUGUGAAAUGGUGGAAGAUCUUCUCGCCGGAUCAAUGCUCUGGCAUCAACAGAUUCGUGGCUCUAUUUGCAGUUCCUCUGCUUUCUUUCCACUUCAUUGCUUCAAACAAUCCUUAUGAAAUGAACCUUAGGUUCCUCGCUGCUGAUACCCUUCAAAAGAUUAUCAUCCUGAUUGUUCUCGCUGUAUGGACCUACGUGAGUAAAAGGGGUUGCUUGGAAUGGACAAUCACUCUGUUCUCACUUUCUACCCUCCCAAACACUCUUGUUAUGGGCAUUCCUCUGCUUAAAGGGAUGUACGGGGAGUUCUCGGGAAGUUUAAUGGUACAAAUUGUUGUCCUUCAGUGCAUCAUUUGGUACACUUUGAUGCUGUUCUUGUUUGAGUAUAGAGGAGCAAGAUUGCUCAUCUCAGAGCAGUUUCCAGAAACUGCAGGCUCAAUCGUGUCCAUUCAUGUGGACUCUGAUGUAGUUUCGUUGGAUGGGAGGCAGCCAUUAGAAACCGAAGCUGAAAUCAAAGACGGGAAGCUUCAUGUUACCGUGAGAAAAUCAAAUGCUUCAAGAUCAGACAUUUUCUCAAGAAGGUCUCAGGGGUUUGCCUCCACAACCCCACGUCCGUCCAAUCUCACAAACGCAGAGAUUUACUCUUUGCAGUCUUCUCGAAACCCAACUCCAAGAGGGUCGAGUUUUAACCACACUGAUUUCUAUUCCAUGAUGGCUGGUGGGAGAAAUUCCAACUUCGGAGCUUCUGAUGUUUUUGGUUUUUCCACGUCAAGAGGACCGACACCAAGGCCAUCCAAUUACGAGGAAGAUGGGAAGGCAAGGUUUCAUCAUGGUGGAACAGGACAUUACCCAGCACCCAACCCAGGAAUGUUUUCCCCAACUGGGUCCAAAAACGUUGGAGCUAAUGCCAAGAGGCCUAACGGUAACGAAAGAGAGAAGGAUCUUCAUAUGUUUGUUUGGAGUGCGAAUGCUUCCCCUGUUUCUGAUGUGUUUGGUGGAGGCCAUGAAUAUGGAGCUCAUGAUCAAAAGGAACUCAGAUUAACUGUUUCUCCAGGAAAAGUGGAGGGUCAUAGAGACAACCAAGAGGAGCUCCUAGCAAAGGACGAAUUCAGCUUUGGAAACGGAGGAACAGCAGAGAGGGAUAAUAUGAAUAACCAGAACGGUGAGAAAGUUGGAGAGGGAAAGCCAAGAACAAUGCCAUCAGCGAGCGUGAUGACCAGGCUGAUUUUGAUUAUGGUUUGGAGAAAACUUAUAAGAAACCCCAACACCUACUCUAGCCUGUUGGGUCUUGCUUGGUCCCUUGUUUCAUUCAAGUGGAAUGUUGAAAUGCCAGCGAUAAUAGCCAAGUCUAUAGCAAUACUGUCAGAUGCAGGACUCGGCAUGGCCAUGUUCAGUCUGGGAUUGUUCAUGGCCUUACAACCAAGGAUGAUAGCAUGUGGGAAUUCAAUAGCAGCUUUUGCAAUGGCCGUGAGAUUCCUUACAGGUCCAGCUGUCAUGGCCGCUGCCUCCAUUCUUGUUGGCCUCAGAGGUGUUCUCUUACGCGUCGCCAUUGUUCAGGCAGCUUUGCCACAAGGAAUAGUGCCCUUCGUCUUCGCUAAGGAAUACAAUGUCCAUCCUGACAUUCUCAGCACAGCGGUGAUUUUUGGGAUGUUGGUGGCAUUGCCAAUCACACUGGUCUACUACAUCUUGCUGGGCCUAUGAACAUUGAAAACUGAAAUUUUAUUUAGGGUUUGUAUUUUGAGAUCCAUCCGAUAUGAUUAUGACAGCAAAUUCAGGCUUAGCAUUAGAAGAAUUUUUGAGAAGGAAAGUAAGAUCAUUCUGAUAGGAAAAAGCCAGAUGGAUUAGGAGCUAGCUAAGAACAGAAAUUACCAACAUGCAUCUUUAAUUUCUUUUUAAUUUUCUUUCUUUUUUCUUUUUGGAAUAUUGGGUUGUCGGUGCUUAUUAGUGGCAGUGUAAAAUGUCUCAUGUUUGUAGUUGA